AUGGAAGAUAAAAACAACUUCCGUGGUAAUAAGGGCAUCAGGCCUGGGACACAGCCCUCCUCUACCCCUAUGCCUUUCCCACCAUCUUCCAUGGGAAGCUUUGCUGGAUGGUACCACGCUUCGAGUCAUUCUAUUACCUAUUUCGAUCCUUACAACACCCCUAGCCAAUUUUCAACACAAUCUACCUCGCCCUUCUCCCCCGUCUGUCCCUCAUGUUCUGCUACUGGUCUCCUCGAUGCUAGCCCGGAUUCAGGUGAUCAAGUUGUUCCAAACAAAACACUGAAGAGUCACAGCGCCGCUCUAUCCCCUUCGACUAUCAGCAAUAUGUCGCCCACUACAAAGGUGGAGGGUCCCAGCUCGCCGGGAGAGGGUGAUGCUCUAGCUAGCGGAAACGCAAAGCGUCGACGCCGCUGGUCUCCAGAACCCGAUUACUCGGAGCAAAUUCGAGAGCGGAAUAAGAAGCGUAAGAGAACAGGCCAAGCCUGUGACCGCUGCCGAAUCCGCCGGUCUGCAUGCGAUCCGAACCCUAAGGGGUGCGGUAACUGCUCGGACGCGGGCUUGGAAUGCAAAGUGACUGAUAGCGUCACUGGAGAGACUAUCGUUCGAGGGGCUACUGGGAGAAUGAUUGCAGAGAUUGAAACUCUGAAGGCGCGAGUCGCAGCCUUAGAGAAUGAGAAUGCGCAGCUCCGCACCAUUCAUUUCUUGUCUUGA